UGGGGCUGUACGCUGCCCUGCGCUACGCUGCGCUGCGGCGGGGCCGGGCCGGGCCGGGGCGGGAGCUGAGCGCGGCGCGGCUGCGGGCGGCGCCCCCUCCGGUGCAAUAUGUUCAAGAGAAUGGCUGAGUUCGGGCCUGACUCCGGGGGCAGGGUGAAGGGCGUCACCAUCGUGAAGCCGAUAGUGUACGGGAACGUGGCGCGGUACUUCGGGAAGAAGAGAGAGGAGGACGGGCACACGCAUCAGUGGACGGUUUACGUGAAGCCCUACAGAAACGAGGACAUGUCCGCCUACGUGAAAAAAAUCCAGUUCAAGCUGCACGAAAGCUACGGGAAUCCUCUCCGAGUCGUUACCAAGCCACCGUACGAGAUCACCGAAACGGGCUGGGGAGAAUUUGAAAUCAUCAUCAAGAUAUUUUUCAUUGACCCAAACGAGCGACCUGUAACCCUGUAUCACUUGCUGAAGCUGUUUCAGUCUGACACCAAUGCAAUCCUGGGAAAGAAAACUGUAGUUUCUGAAUUCUAUGAUGAAAUGAUAUUUCAAGAUCCUACUGCCAUGAUGCAGCAACUGUUAACAACGUCCCGUCAGCUGACGCUCGGUGCUUACAAGCAUGAAACAGAGUUUGCAGAUCUUGAAGUAAAAACCAGGGAAAAGCUGGAAGCUGCCAAAAAGAAAACCAGUUUUGAAAUUGCUGAGCUUAAAGAAAGAUUAAAAGCAAGUCGUGAAACCAUCAACUGUUUAAAGAGUGAAAUCAGAAAACUUGAAGAAGAUGAUCAGUCUAAAGAUAUGUGACGAGUGUUGACUUGAUAUGGGCCUACACUUAGAAUGAAAGGACUUCAGUCAUGGAGUUGUAGGACUUCAGUCACGGAGCUGUAUGUGUUCUCUCCAAUUCUGUAACAGAGACUCUAUGAAUUUUGUUUGCAAAUGACUGAAGUGUGUGGCAAUUGACUUUUUAUAAAUGGGAGAAAACAAGAAUGAAUGUAUCCUCAUUUUGCAGUUAAAAUCUAUGGGUAUGUACUGGUCUGUUUCCAGGAGAAGGGAUCGUAGAGACUUGGAGACCAGAUGGCUACUUGUAUUGACUGCAUCUAAGUGGUACAGGAACAUUUUGUAUUAGGUCCUGUGUUAGUUUACAGAACACCACUGUUCACUGUUCUUGUUUUGUUUUGUUUUUUACUUUUUCUACUGCAACUUUAAAGUUUUAAAAGCUGAAAAUAAAACAUGCAGGUUUUUUUUUAA